ACGGAGAACGAGGCGGCGGCCAUGGCGCUGGUGCCUGGCAAAGAGGGCGGGGAUGAGGAGCAGGAGGGCGGAUUCACCAUCGACAUCAAAAGCUUUCUCAAACCCGGUGAGAAGAGCUACACGCAGCGCUGCCGCCUGUUCGUGGGCAACCUGCCCACCGACAUCACCGAGGAAGAUUUCAAGCGCCUCUUCGAGCGCUACGGGGAGCCCAGCGAAGUCUUCAUCAACCGGGACCGCGGCUUCGGCUUCAUCCGCCUGGAAUCUAGGACACUGGCCGAAAUAGCAAAAGCAGAACUUGAUGGUACUAUUUUGAAGAGCAGACCACUUCGAAUUCGAUUUGCUACGCACGGAGCUGCCCUAACGGUCAAGAAUCUUUCACCUGUGGUUUCUAAUGAGCUGCUGGAACAAGCAUUCUCUCAGUUUGGACCAGUGGAGAGAGCUGUAGUUGUAGUAGAUGAUCGUGGCAGAGCUACAGGAAAAGGUUUCGUAGAGUUUGCGGCAAAACCUCCGGCACGGAAAGCUCUAGAAAGAUGCAGUGAUGGUGCAUUCUUGCUAACAACAACACCUCGACCUGUUGUUGUGGAGCCAAUGGAGCAAUUUGAUGAUGAGGAUGGGCUCCCAGAGAAGCUAAUGCAAAAAACACAACAGUACCACAAGUAA